AAAUUUACACUCCUGUUCUCUCACUUGUCACACUGACACUUCAAUAACACAACCAAAUAUGGCGAAACUCUCUCUCUUUUCUUUAGCAAACCUUCUCUUUGCUCUAAUAAUCUUCCAAUGUGUAAUUUCUCAAAGCAAGCUUGUUACGGAUUCACCACUAUAUACUGAUUCGCGGUGGAUUGUGGACGGAGAAGGGAGACGAGUGAAGUUAGCAUGUGUGAAUUGGCCAUCACAUAUCGAUGCCGUUUUGGCUGAAGGCCUUAGCAAGCAACCUUUGGAUGCAAUCUCCAAGAGGAUUGUGUCAAUGGGAUUCAACUGUGUUAGGUUUACUUGGCCAACUUUCUUGUUCACAAGCGACUCGCUAGGUGCUCUUACUGUAAGACAGUCCUUUCAAAAUCUAAAUCUAUCUCAAGCUCUUGCUGGCAUCCAGGAUAACAACCCAUUUAUCAUUGAUCUUCCACUUCGAAAAGCUUUUCAGGCAGUGGUGAAUAACCUUGGGGCCAACCAUUUGAUGGCCAUACUGGACAAUCACAUAAGCAAGCCCGGUUGGUGUUGCAGCCUUAAUGAUGGCAAUGGCUUUUUCGGUGAUGAGUAUUUCAAUGUAGACGUCUGGCUUAAGGGACUAAGUCGAGUAGCUGCCAUGUUUAGAGGAGUUCCCAAUGUGGUAGGCAUGAGCUUAAGGAAUGAGCUCCGAGGCUCCAGACAAAAUGUAGAUGAUUGGUUUAGAUACAUGCAGCAAGGAGCAGAGACAGUGCACGCAGCAAAUCCAGACGUUCUUGUCAUUCUCUCUGGCUUGAGUUACGACAUAGACUUGUCUUUCCUUGCAAAUAGAUCAGUGAAUCUCUCAUUCACUAACAAACUAGUAUUUGAGACACACAGGUACAGAUUUUCAAAUACAGCUACAUGGGCAGACCAUAGUGCGAACGAAGCUUGUAGAAUUACCCAAGAUGACAUGAUGAGCAAGUCAGGAUUUUUGUUGGAUAAGGGGUUUCCAUUAUUUGUGAGUGAAUUUGGGAUAGACGAAAGUGCGAACGAUGCCACUGACGAAAGCUUCAUGAAUUGCUUCUUGAGUUAUGCAGCUGAGCAUGACUUUGAUUGGGCCAUUUGGGCACUCACUGGGAGUUACUACAUUAGACAAGGAAAAACUAAUACGGAGGAGACCUACGGGCUACUUAAUUUUGAUUGGAGUGAUGUUCGAAAUCCAAGACUUUUGCGGAGGAUAUCCGCAAUUCAAUCUCCCUUUAAAGGGCCAGGUUUACCAGGUUUACGGGGAACUAAUACAGAGCAAUUAACUAAUACAGGGCAAUUAAUUUUCCAUCCUUCAACUGGUUUAUGUGUCAUGAGAAGAUCAGUGUUUGAACUCAUAAGAAGAUCAGUGUUUGCACCAUUGACAUUAGGACCCUGCACCCACCCUAAAGCCUUGUGGAGCUACACACCCGAGAAAACUAUAUCCCUUUAUGGAGCAGAAUUUUGCAUACAAGCAGAUGGACCAGGAAAGCCAGGAAAGCUUAGAAAUAUAUGCAUCGACCCUGACACAAAGUGGGAAGCCAUCUCAGAUUCUAAGCUACAUCUCUCAUCCACUGUUGGUGAUGGCAAAACUGUUUGCUUGGAUGUAGAUUUUCACACAAACAAUGUUGUGACAAAUUGGUGCAAAUGUGUGAGUGAUGAUAAAACAUGUGACCCAAGUAGCCAAUGGUUCAAGCUCAUUAAAAUAUGAACCGUGGUUCAAUUAGCUGAUUGAUUAAUUUUACCUCUAGACAUUAUAAUUCAAUUUACUCUAGGAUUGAUUGCA